UGGAAUUUGUUGACUAGUUUUAAUUUUUUUCAAUUUUACUUUUACCUUACCUCUGAAGGUCAGUGCUAAUCUGCAUCUUAUAUUAUUUUCUUCAAAAUCUGUGGCUUAAACUUUUUAUAUUGAGAUUAAUUUCUUGUUCUUAUACGUUUGUUGGAAGAAAAUUUGUUGGUUUUCAAUUCUGUGUUUCUGCAAUUUCUUCGAUAAUUUGGAGAAUUUGAUGCGUGUGUUUAUUAGAUUUAUUUUUGUUUUGAUGUUUUUAAUUCAUUCAACUUUCUCUUGGAAAGAAAGAAAGAAAUUAUUUCCGACUUGUGGAAAGGUUAUAUGAUUGGGAAAGUAAGAUUACAAUCUUGUCCGCAUAUGGUUGCCCUUGUCACUAGUAGGGUACUGAACAUGUCAUGGUUUGAUAUGUGUGGUUCAAUAUACGAAGAGAGAGGAUUAUAAUUGCUUCAAGUUUUAAUGUCGAGUUCGAGAGAUUUCGUAUAUAAAAUUAAGUGGUUAGUUGAGAUAUUACCGAUCUUGUUAGUUCGAAGAGGAAGAUGUGAACUUGGAUAAUAUGCUUAUCUUUUGAUAAACUGUUUCAUGGAUAGUGAAAAAACAGUCUCAAACAACGAUUUUUACAAAAUCAAAUACAUUAUGUUUUCAACCGUGGCCGUAGAAAACAUGAAAAUGACAUGUCAGAGACCACAGUGUUCAGGAGCUGUAUUUGGUAUUGCCAAUUCUAUUCAGUGUUCCAUCUUCGCUGUUUGUUUUUUCUAUGAUGUGAAUGCUCUCGUGUUCUAGCAGGUUGUUUGUUAGCGCAUAAUCUGUUUUUGAUAAGUUAUAAGUGGACUAGAUUGUACAAUUGUUCCUCGACUUCAAUGUGCAACCUUCGUCGGUUAUAUCACUAAGUUGAUGGAAAGAAUUCCUAAUCCCGGUCAGCUAGUGAACACAUGUGUUAGGAAAAUCGAAAUCUGUAUGCUUCCCUUUCCUACUCAAAUUAUGCAUCUUUGAAAUGGCAAUGAGAAUCUGAGAGUACAGGGACUCUUCUGCAAUUAUUUCCCAAUUCCCCAAAUCCAAAUCCAAAUCCCAAAUGCUCUGUCUUGCUUGAUAAUAAAUGCAUUAAGCCAAGGUUUGAAGUCGAUUGAACUUUGCACAUCUUGAGCCAACAUGGGCAGUAGCAGCUCCUCAAGUGUCGGUUAAUUACUAUUCUUUGUAUUGCUUUCUGGAGAAAGAUGUACAGAGUAUUCCAGGCAUAAGAUUAUGGGACUUCCAUGUUUUCAUUUAGCUCAUGCUAGUACGUCACACAUAAAAAAUACCUAGUUGGAACAUAACAUAAUCAUUAGAAAAAAUGGAUAUUAAGGAAGCAGAGCGUGUAGUUAUAGCUAAACCAGUUGCUUCAAGGCCUACAUGUUCCACCUUUAGGUCCUUCACAGAGCUUCUUGCAGGAGCUAUUGAUGCCUCUCCCUCUAAUGUAUCUUCUGCAACUGCUGUUUCUGCCAUCAGACCAAAGACCGUGAGGUUCAAGCCAUUGGUGAAUCAUGCUGUUGAUGGAUUGGUUUCUUCCCAGGCGGAUAUCUCUGGUGGAGCACAUAGACAUUCAUCGGAGAAGGUUUCGAAACGAGAUAGCAGAUCAACUGUGGUAUAUAAACCAUUGGCGAAAGUUGUUUCAAGGGCAACCGUUUCUGUCUUGGCAAAUAUGGGAAACUUCAAUACCUGCCACCAAUCUACACAAUCAUCAGUUAAUGCGGAUGUUCUACAUCCAAAUCAAGAUAAAAGCUUUAGAUCCCAAAGCAUAAAUCUGCGCCAUAAUAAUCCAUCAUGUGCUGAGACAAAUCAGACAACAGAGCCUCCGAAAAUAGCCUCGCAAAACAUGGAAGAGGAUCAAAAAAUUAUACCAUCCACAGCCAAUACUGAUAGGCCUUCUUAUGAUGGGUAUAAUUGGAGAAAAUAUGGACAGAAGCAAGUCAAGGGAAGCGAGUACCCCCGAAGUUACUAUAAAUGCACGCAUCCAAAUUGUCCUGUGAAAAAGAAGGUAGAACGAUCUCUGGAUGGACAGAUCGCUGAGAUUGUCUACAAGGGUGAACACAACCAUUCGAAGCCUCAACCUCCAAAGCGUAGCUCAUCAGGGACGCAAGGGUUAGGCGUAGCCUCUGAUGGAACUGGUCAAGAUACCAACAACAGGUUAUGUAAUAGUCAUCUUAAUGAAAGAAAUGAAGGUUCGGAAGGUAGAUUGGAAGAUCAGAAUGAAGUUGGACUGCCGGUGCAUUUUUACCAAAGCAAAGCUCUACUACGUUAUGAUCCCCUAGCCAGUGGAGGAAUAAAUGCUGGUGGUGCAACUCCUGAUAAUUCUUGUGGUCUUAGUGGAGAAUGCGAGGAAGGAAGCAAGGGGCUUGAAGCAGAGGAUUGUGAGCCUAGAAGUAAAAGAAGAAAAAGUGAGAAUCAAUCCAAUGAAGCAGGGAUAUCAGGGGAAGGUGUCCAAGAUCCCCGUGUUGUGGUGCAAAGUUCAGUUGAAUCUGAUAUGACGGGUGAUGGCUUCCGCUGGAGGAAGUACGGGCAGAAGGUUGUUAAGGGGAAUCCAUAUCCCAGAAGUUACUACAGAUGUACCAGUCUCAAAUGCAAUGUGCGUAAGCAUGUCGAAAGAGUCUCGGAUGAUCCCAAAGCUUUCAUCACAACGUACGAGGGAAAGCACAACCACGACAUGCCACUGAGGAACGCAAACACAGGAGCAUCCGAAAAGGAUACAACUAAAGAAAAGCCAUGAAUGAGUGAUAACAUCGAACUCAAACUUUGGCAUUAAACUGUUUCAACCUCAUGUUUUGUCUGACAGAAAUGUCAGACGGGCUCGGAGAAAAAAUCAGACACCAAAAAUAAUUUGCUGCAGUGAUUCUGAUUCCCACCUUGGAUGGUCUGAUCUGCAAUGCUAAUAAUUUCACAUGGGAAUCUCUUUGAUGGCUGCUUGAUGGAUUUGGAGACAUAAAAUGGUGAAAAUAUUUUUGCUAAUUUUCCCUCCUGUUGCUGCUUCCUUCAAUUAGCACAUCAGAGUAUUACAUUUUUUUCUUUUCUUUUCUAUUAAUUGUAAUCCACUGGGAAAUUUCACAUAACAAAACUUUGUUAGAAAUGUUAAUGGCAGUGAUUAGGUUGAUGACUCGAUAAUACUCCUCCCAAUAAGCACAAGGAUGAUAGAGAAUAAAGUUUAAGGAUCAUUCAAUUCCCAGUGGGUAAUACUUGUGUGUUAUAUUUGUUAUUAGAUUAUGUUGUAAACUAUAGCUUUGAAAUUUUGGAUGCUUUUAAGCAA